AAUUAUCAACUACUAUCAUUGUGCUUGUCGAUGACCCGGCAUCAACAAACCUUUUUGUAGGUCACAAAAAUUUACCCAGGGCUGCCGGGGCUGAGAUUAAAAAUAUCAGAUAUAUCCUUUUGUCCUUAUUCAACAAACAAAGAUACUUGAUACUUAUGUGACCUGGGGCUGCGUUCAUUCGAGUGUUAUUUCUGAACGUGCGUGCGCCUCGGGAUUGAUAGUCUCUAACAAUUCUCGCCGGUGUAUUAGAGAAUGCCCGGACAGAAUUGGAUAUUACUUUAUAUUUUGUUAACCGCGCCGUUUUCCAUCGUUUUGUUUUUGUAUGGUUUUUUCCCCAUCGUUUAUCAUGCUGACGCGAUCGCUUCGCAAUCGGACGUCCCGGACCACGUCGGUGAUUUGAGUGUGAAGAAACAUACUUUAUACAAGCCGAUGAUAACAAAAUUGAUUAUUAUGAUAAUUGAUGGGCUAAGAUGGGAUUUCGUUGCCGGCCAAAUAGGAAAGGUCGCCAUGCCAAUGACAAAUAGUUUACUGACAAACUCUUCUGGAUGCUUGUUACAAGCCAAAUUACAAUCACCGACAGUGACAAUGCCCAGAAUAAAAGCGAUGAUGACUGGUACAAUGCCAAAUUUUAUAGAUAUAGUACUGAACUUUGGAAGUAAAGCUUUGAACAGUGACAGUCUAUUGCUUCAAGCACAGAGAAAUGGAUACAAACUAAUAUUUUAUGGAGAUGAUACUUGGCUCUCUUUAUUUCCUCAAAUAUUUGAUCGUCACGAUGGCACUACUUCAUUUUUUGUGACUGAUUUUACAGAGGUGGAUAAUAAUGUGACACGACACUUACAAGAUGAAUUGAAUCGUGAUGAUUGGACUGUGAUGAUUCUUCAUUAUCUUGGAUUAGAUCACAUUGGUCAUGUCGAAGGUCCAUUUGGCGCUUCAAUUAAACCUAAACUACAAGAAAUGGACAAGAUUGUCAGUCAGAUAGCUCAAAGAGUACAAGAUUUGAACAACAAUGGAACACCUGUCCUCUUUGUCGUUUGUGGUGAUCAUGGGAUGAAGGAUUCAGGUGGUCAUGGUGGUUCAACACCAGAAGAGACGACAGUACCGUUUAUCGCGAUAGGAGGAACUCGCUGCUCGCCUCAAGAAGAAAAUAAGACUGUCGAGAUUGAGCAACUUGACAUUGCAGCGACAUUAUCAACUGUUCUUGGAUUACCUAUUCCUUCUACGAACCUUGGAUCUACAUUCCUAGACAGUAUCUAUGAUCUUGAUGAUGCUAAGCGACUCUUCCUUCUCUAUUAUAACUCGAAGCAGAUAUUUGAUCGUUUCCAAAAACAAGAACAACAAUCGCAAAAUGUAUCUCAAAGAUAUUUGGAUGCCGUGAAUCUGCAUGUUGCUUGGCUAAAUACGAGUGAGAAGCAGAGCGAAAUGGUUAAAAAUAUCGUCUCGUCUUAUAACGCAAUUCUUAAGGAAAUGAAGGACACUUUAAUUACAUGUAUGAUCGAAUACGGAUAUUUUGGUCCACUAGGCAUUGCCAUAGUUCUCCUGUUCGAAAUAUGCGUCAUUUCAUUUUUUACGCAAGAAGCUGUUUGGACUAUGGAUAAAAGGCGUGAUUUCAUCUUUUUAUCAGGCCUCCUCGUGUGUCUAGGAUUCGCUUAUAUUUCCACCCAUUUUGCGAACAUGAAUUUUUCUUUCCCAACGAAUCUGUUUAAUGCUGUCUUGUUUUUAUUAAUUAUUAACAUUUUUUAUAUUAAUAAUGGGCUCGUGCGUAGCUUCAGCUUUAAGUUCAAAAAAGGACCAAAGAUACACAAAAUGUUCCAAAUCGGUGCAUUAUUGCAUAUAGUGAGCCUCGCUGGUACCAGCUUUAUUGAAGAGGAGCAUCAAACGUGGUAUUUCUUUUGGACCAGUACUAUCUUAUACUUCCUCUAUUAUUGCUUCACAAAAUUGUUCGUGUGCCAUCAAUGCAACCUUACGAGUAUUAAGAUGUCAUCUGGGAUAGGACUAAGUUGCAGCAAUAUUAGGCAUCACGUAAAAGUUUGCGUUAAGCUAUUCUUGUUGCUGAUAGGACACCGAGUUCUCUGUAAGCUAAAUAGCACCGGUGACAAAUGGGCCCAUCUACCAGAUAUAGCUCACUGGUUGAAAGAAGAUGAUAGCAAAAUCGGAAUGACAUCCCUUCUUUUAUUUGCUCUCAUUCUUCUGAUUUGGAUUGGGUACAAAUGCGAAGAUAAAAACUAUAAACAAUUUUCAUUUUUCCUUAAUGUGUCUCUCGCAAUAUGUAUAUAUUUUCGUCACAUGUCCAAUGGUGCUGUUAUGGAAAUUCAUCCAUUGUAUUUUUCAAAUGGAAUAUACGAGGUACAAACCUUUUGGAUGAUAACAACGUUCUCUCUCUUAAGCUAUGCCUAUCGAAUAAUAUUAAUAAUUAGGCAUGAUAAACAACGUUUUGCAAGCACGAUAUUGUUUUUUAUCAUAAAUAUUUGGGUAAAGAUUUCGGCGAUGCUACAUCAACCAUAUAAUGUGAUUUUAUUGCCAAUGCAGAUCAUCACAAGUUCGACAAUUGACGCUGUAUUGAGAGAAAACAAUUUGCUCGAUCUCGGGAUUCUCGUACAUUACUGGCUAGGCAAUGUAUUUUAUUUCUACCAGGGGAAUUCCAACAGUCUUGCAAGUAUAGACGUCGCGGCAGGAUACGUCGGUCUGUCUUCCUACAUGCCUUUCAUUACUGGUGCAUAUUUAAUUAUUAAUACUUAUUCCGCAAUCGUUCUGGCUUAUUUCCUCUUCAUUUAUCAUCGGCAAGCACAUCAAACAUCCGGUACGGACAUCAUAAGUAUCAGCAAGACUUAUAUCGCAUGGAGACUAAUGACUGUAACCGUCUAUAUAUUCAUUAUCCAUAUUCAGCGUUUUCAUCUGUUUGUAUGGUCGGUAUUCUCACCGAAAUUGUUGUACGAGGCGAUGUAUUCCGUGAUAAUGUGUUGUAGCGUGUUAUUAGUACUGAUUGUGAUUACAUUGCAAGUUGCAAUGAUUCCUAAUUAUUAGUUGUAUAAAAAUUAAGACUGCGUGAUGCUGUAAAGAAUAACUAAGAAUCGGAUAUAUACAUUCCGAUAAACAGAUUUAUAUUAUAAUUAAUUUAUACAGAUUUCUAUUUUUAUUACUUUAUAUAGAUUUAUAUUUUAGUAAUUAUAUAUAAGCUUAAUUAAUAUAUUCAAAUUAAUAACAUCUAUAAGCUGUGAUGAUAAUGAUAGAUUAUUUCUAUAAGGCUUGAUAAAAUAAAUUUACGAGAAGAUUGUUUAAUGAA